CCCACCAAGAUAUCAUCACCAGAACCACUUAACUAAACAAACACACACCACAAACUACACUAUAUAAACACAUCGAACGCGUUUAAAAUCUGGAUUUUUGCGUUAAUCUCUCGGCGCGGUUUUACGCUAAGGUUGCGUUGGAGCUUCCAUAUAUGGGCAUGCCAUCAGCUCGCGCUUCCUAUUGGCUGCUCGAGACGUGCGGUUGCCUGUCAACAAGAUGGCCUUCCUCAAUCGCUUUUUCGCAGACAACGCAAGUGCAUUUGUUUUAGCACGACAACAGUGUUUUUUAAUUAUUCAGUUUACACCACUGUACUGAGUUGAGGCUCCACCAGGACCCUGUGGAAGAGAGAGAUAGAGAGAGGCGUUAUACUGCUUCACCCGCUCUCCAGCUACGCGUUAGCUCACAGGCUAUUGCUGGUGUUGAUGAUGUUGAGGUAGCAGACCUGUGACACUCCGGCCUUGUUUUUUUUUUUUUUUUAAGGUUAUUUUAAGAUAUAAUUUUUAUUCGACGUUAGUGGAUUGUUUUUUUUUUUUUCUUUCUGGGAGAGCUGCUGGUCGGAACCCAAAUACGUUGUUUAAAAGAUUGAAACCAUUUAUGGAGACUUCAGGCCAUGAAUUAUAAGAAUGAGUGGUGAAGAACAAAAUAACUGCCCUGUAUAGAGGCAGAUAUGCUCUCUAAGGGCUCAUGAUGAACCGCGACACCUUUUCCCACAUCCGACUGUGGUGCCCACGUCCCUUCGGCACCUACUCGCAGAACAAGCCGUACAGCAAUGGGACGAUUGGCAGCGGGACACCAUCUGCCCUGCGUAAAACCGACACUGCUGGCUGUCCCUCCAUAGACGAUAGUGGACUUGCUGAAGAGCAUAAUGAGGAUGUGGGGACUGAGAACACCCCUCCUGCGCCAUCAUCCAACCUCCUGCCACCCCCACCAGCUGCACCAUCGUCCCCUGCUUCACAGAUGGAAGAUGGCAGGGUUUUGCUCGACACGUGGUAUGUUAUUAAACCGGGCAACACCAAGGAGAAAAUUGCCUUUUUUGUGGCUCACCAGUGUACAGGAGCGGGCAUCCCGAGACCAAGUGCCAUGAAGGUGAAGGGAAAUUGGGGGACCGACUGCACCAAGGCUAAGCGCCGUCGCCGCUGCUCCUCGUAUGACCCUUCAACAAGAGCCCAGAAUGUGACCUCAGAGCUGCCGUCAGAGCCCAGCUGCCUGGAUGACGGUGUCGGAGUGAGUGAGACUGAUCUGCUGUCCGUAGCAGAGAUGGUGGCCCUUGUUGAGCAGCGCACAGCCAUGGCCUUGCAAGGCAUGGCAGCUCAAGGACAAAUAACCUCAAGCAACCAGCAGCAUACACUCCUCCACAAUCCUGUCUCAGAUUCUCCACCUGUUGUAUUCCUUUCAGAAUCCUCUUCUCCCUGUCCAACCUCAAAAAGUGACUUUGAAAGGCAUCAGCAGCAAGAAUCCAGGCGUGUUGCUCAGGCAGUAGCACGCUUCGAGUCUCAGCAGCAAAGUCUCGAGAGUACAAUUCUGCGGCCUCAGAUACAUAACUCUGGUAAAGACCGGGACUGUGCAGGUGAGACCGGGGCGAACGGCCAGAGCCACGGUCGAGGCGAAGUUAGAAUCGCGUUUCGGGUGUCUAGUCUGGAUCCUUGGUCGAAGUCUGAGCCCGAAGGUCGUCCCAGAUGCAUGUUUAUGAGCUGUGGGACCGGAUCAGGACAGGCAGCAACCAGGGCCAAAGAAAAGAUUACAUGUGACCUUUACCAACUGGUCAGUCCUUCUUCUCGAGACUCUAGCACAGUGCUGGCUGGCUCAUCAAAAUCGGAUUCUAUAGGUGAAGACAUCACUGAGAGGCCUCCCUCCACACCUACAGACCAUACCCAGGACCACUGCUCGGGAGAAAAAAAGGCAGUGGCCCAUGAACGGGUGACUGGCUUUCAUGUCGAAGUUGUAGUCACGGGAGCCGUUGACCAGUGCGUCUUCUAUGGCAAGGACAGCACAGAGAACGUACAAGAAGAGACUGUUUGCAUAGCCAUGCCUAGUGGGACUAACCGAUCUGACGUUUUAGAAGAACCUCCACCUGGACAGCUUUUCUUUCUCCAAAGCCAAUCAGCUGAAGAUGAAAGUGGCUCUGGGAUCUCCAGUGGAAUGUGCUCUUUGGAUCGUACAAAUAACAGCUGCUCGGUGGCGGGUGCCGUAGAGAGGCCGGCCAGCCCGAUCACCAACGCGGAAGACUGCACCGAUAAAUCUCUGUGCCGCCUCUACCGUCACGUCUCCCACGACUUCCUGGAGAUCCGUUUUCAGAUCCAGCGGCUUCUCGAGCCUCGGCAGUAUAUGCUCAUGCUUCCUGACCACAUCAUGGUGAACAUUUUCAGCUACUUACCCACCCGUGCUCUAGCAGCCUUGAAGUGCACCUGCCACGACUUCAAGGCCCUAAUCGAGACCUAUGGCGUGCGUGCCACAGACUCUCGCUGGAACCAGGACCCGCUGUAUCGCGACGACCCCUGCAAGCAGUGCAAGCGGCAGUACGAGCGGGGAGACGUCUCGCUUUGUCGUUGGCACCCCAAACCUUAUCACCACGACCUGCCUUACGGACGCUCGUACUGGAUGUGUUGUCGGCGCACAGACAAGGACACACCCGGCUGUAGAGUCGGACUGCACGACAACAACUGGGUACAGCCAUGCGACAUGGUUCAGGCCCGCGCCAAAAGAGAAGACGGGAGGUAAAGACAGGCGUUAGGGAGAUUCUGGGUUCCUUUCUUAUCCUCACUUUGCCUAAACCUCAUGAUGGUGUAAUAUUUAUGGUCAAGCCUGCCUCCCCUAUCUGAGCUUGCUAACCUUGCUACUAUUAUGUCAGUAUCAGUCCUUAGCAGCGCAGCAUACUUGAAUCUUACGGCCAUAAUACGCGGAGUGACGCUCAACAUGUGAAUACUGGCGCUGAUUAAAUGAGGUUAAUGUCUGCUGCAUGGGACUAAAUCUUUACACGUAUUUGUAAAACCGAUAAAAAAAAAAAAAAAACUUUCGGCUUGGCAGUGUCUUCUCAAAACCAGCACUGAAGCUGAUCCCAACCUGCAGGCUAGGCAUUGAUUUGACUUGUCUUGCUUAAGUCAUUAAAUGUAUUGAGGUUGGAUGUCAUGUUUUCUUUAUUGACCCCGGGGCAAAAAUGAUGUCACUUUACAAAUACCUGAUGUCACUUUGUAAUGAACAGAUCUACUGCUUAUGUUUUGCUCUUUUGUGAGUGUGAGUGAAUUUUUUUCCUUUUUUGUUUGGGGGGUUUAAUGUCGGCAAAAAAUAAGAUCAAUAUCAAAACAGAUGUUUCUUUUUUGACCCUGUUCCUCAGCCAUGCCCGUUGCACCAGCCAGGUUGCUGCUACCUGUCUUUACUUUCUGUUGGUGAAAGCAAAAAAAAAAAAGAAUCAGGUUUCAGCCUUAAUCCCAUUCUGUCUGCUUACUUCAUCUACAAUCUUUCAAACAGAAUCAAUUGUCGAUGCUGAUGCCCUUUUUUUUUUGGUUUUGGGAGACCGUUGUAGGUUUCACAGUCAGCUGAUGCUAUAGGGAACUUUUGCCUCUAAAGUAAAUAAAAGUUAUUUAAAACUGG